CUGAUCGAGGAGCGGGCGCAGCUUGAGUCGAGGCUUCAGGCGGAGACGGAGCUGUGCGCUGAGGCCGAGGAGAUGAGGGUGCGACUGGAGGCCAAGAAGCAAGAGCUGGAGGAGGUGCUGCAUGAGAUGGAGUCCCGGCUGGAGGAGGAGGAGGACCGCAGCAACGCCUUGCAGCAGGAGAGGAAGGACAUGGAGCAGCAGCUACAGAUGAUGGAGACCCACAUAGCAGAGGAGGAAGACGCUCGGCAGAAGCUGCAGCUGGAGAAGGUGGCUGUGGAAGGAAAGGUGAAGAAACUGGAGGAGGACGUUCUGAUCAUGGAGGACCAGAACAACAAACUGCAGAAGGAGCGAAAACUCCUGGAGGAGAGGAUGGCUGACAUGAGCUCUAACUUGGCCGAGGAGGAGGAGAAGUCUAAGAAUCUGACCAAACUCAAAGCCAAACACGAGUCCAUGAUCUCUGAUCUGGAGGUGCGCAUGAAGAAGGAGGAGAAGGGUCGUCAGGACAUGGAGAAGGCAAAAAGGAAGGUGGAGGCUGAGCUGGCCGAUCUGCAGGAGCAGCACGCCGACCUUGAAGGUCAACUAGGAGAUCUCCGAGGCCAGUUUGCGGCCAAGGAAGAGGAGCUCCAGGCCACACAGGGCCGCUUGGAGGAGGAGAGCAACCAGCGUGGGGCAGCUGUGAAGCGGGUUCGAGAGUUGGAGACUAUGCUCUCAGAGCUGCAGGAGGAUUUGGAAACAGAAAGGGUGGCGAGAGGGAAGGCCGAGGCAGCUCGACGGGAUCUAGGGGAAGAACUUAAUGCUCUACGCACCGAGCUGGAGGACAGUCUGGACACGACUGCUGCCCAGCAGGAGCUACGGGCAAAGCGAGAACAAGAGGUGGCCAUGUUGAAGAAAGCCAUGGAGGAGGAGGGACGGAGCCACGAGGCCCAAAUCCAGGACCUGAGACAGAAACAUGGCCAGGCUGUGGAGGAGCUCUCGGAGCAGCUGGAGCAAUCCAAGAGGGCGAGGGCCGGUCUGGAGAAAGCCAAGCAAGCUCUGGAGAAGGAGACGUCAGAUUUGAGUGCCGACCUGAGAUCCCUGGCCAGCGCCAAACAGGAUGUGGAGCACAAGAAGAAGAAGGUGGAGGGUCAGCUGAACGACCUGAACUCUCGCUUCAACGAGAGCGAACGGCAGAGGAACGAGCUGACGGAGCGAGUCUCAAAGAUGACUAUGGAGCUGGACAGUGUGACCGGUCUGCUGAACGAGGCUGAAGGAAAGAACAUCAAGCUGAGUAAAGACGUCUCCAGUCUGUCCUCUCAGCUCCAGGAUGCCCAGGAGCUGCUAUCAGAGGAGACCCGUCAGAAGCUGAAUCUGUCUGGACGUCUCCGUCAGAUGGAGGAGGAUAGGAAUAGCCUGAUGGAGCAGCUGGAAGAGGAGACUGAGAGCAAACGGGCAGUGGAGAGGCAGGCGUCCAGCCUCAACAUGCAGCUGUCUGACCACAAGAAGAAGCUGGAUGAGAUGUCGGGGACGGUGGAGAUGCUAGAGGAGGGGAAGAAGCGUCUGCAGCGUGAACUGGAGUCGGCCAACACAGAGUACGAGGAGAAGGCUUCAGCCUACGACAAGCUGGAGAAGAGCCGGAGCCGGAUGCAGCAGGAACUGGAGGACGUCCUCAUGGACCUGGACAGCCAGCGGCAGCUCGUCUCCAACCUGGAGAAGAAGCAGAAGAAGUUCGAUCAGAUGCUGGCAGAGGAGCGAGCUGUGUCGUGUAAGUUCGCAGAAGAGCGCGAUCGGGCGGAGGCAGAGGUGAGGGAGAAGGAGACGAGGGUGUUGGCCGUGACCAGAGCGCUGGAGGAGAACCAGGACGCUCUGGAGGAGGCAGAGAAGACCAUAAAGUCGCUCCGAGUUGAGAUGGAAGAUCUCAUCAGCUCCAAGGAUGACGUGGGAAAGAGCGUCCACGACUUGGAGAAGGCGAAGCGAGGCCUGGAGGCCAUCGUGGAGGAGAUGAGGACGCAGAUGGAGGAGCUGGAAGACGAGCUGCAGGUGGCCGAAGACGCCAAGCUGCGUCUGGAGGUCAACAGUCAGGCGCUCAAAGCUCAGCAUGAGAGGGAGCUGCAGGCCCGCGAUGAGAUGGGAGAGGAGAAGAGGAAGCAGCUCCUCAAACAGGUGCGAGAGCUGGAGUCGGAGCUGGAGGAGGAGAGGAAACAGCGAGGUCAGGCAUCCGCCGGGAAGAAGAAGCUGGAGGGGGAGCUGAAGGACAUGGAGGACCAGCUGGAGGCCACCAGCAGGGGGCGUGAAGAGGCGCUCAAGCAGCUGCGCAAAAUCCAGGGCCAGGUGAAGGACCUCCAGAGGGACCUGGAAGACUCUCGUGCAGCCCAGAAGGAGGUUCUCGCCACAGCCAGAGAGUCUGAGCGCAGAUCCAAGGCCAUGGAGGCCGACAUCAUCCAGCUGCACGAGAUGUUGGCAGCAGCUGAGAGAGCUCGCAAGCAGGCAGAGACGGAGAGAGACGAGCUGUCUGAAGAGCUGGCCAGUAACUCCUCUGGGAAGUCGCUGCUGUCGGACGAAAAGCGCCGCCUGGAGACGAAGAUCAGCCAGCUGGAGGAGGAGCUGGAGGAGGAGCAGGCCAAUGUGGAGAGCCUCAACGACCGGCUGAGGAAGAGCCAGCAGCUGUUGGAGCAGCUGGGAGGAGAGCUGACAGCAGAGAGAGCUUCCUCCCAGAGCAGGGAGGGAUCCAGGCAGCAGCUGGAGAGACAAAACAAGGAGCUGAAGGCCAAACUGCAGGAGAUGGAGGGGCAGGGCCGCUCAAAACUCAAGUCCUCCAUCGCUGCUCUGGAGGCCAAACUGAGAGAGGCCGAAGAGCAGCUGGAGAUCGAGAGCAGAGAACGGCAGACCAGCGCCAAGAAUCUGCGUCAGAAAGAGAAGAAGCUGAAGGAUUUCACCAUCCAGAUGGAGGAUGAGAGGAAGCAGGCGCAGCAAUACAAAGACCAGGCGGAGAAGGGCAACAUUCGAGUGAAGCAGCUGAAGCAUCAGCUGGAGGAGGCAGAGGAAGAGGCGCAACGUCUGGUGGCGGCCCGCAGGAAACUGCAGAGGGAGCUGGAUGAGGCGACUGAGGCCAACGAUGCUCUCAACAGAGACGUGGCUUCACUCAGGAGCAAGCUGAGACACUCCUGAUCUGCAAACUGUCCUUAAAGCUUCCUGGGAAAAUUCUCUUCCUUAACAACCUUUUCCAUUUUUUUUCAUUUCCUUAUCGCUCUCCUCCUCCUCCCUCCGGCUCUGCUUCAAGAUUUCAGGGGCUUUAACUUUUACAAAAAAAUAAAAAUCUUACCUUGCAACAAGCUUUAUUUUCCCUUUCUUCCUCUGUCCUGCUGACCCUCCUCUUCCUCCUCUUUUCUCUUCCUCCUGAUGUGUCGGGUGUUCCCAGGCGUGGCGGCGGCAGCGGCGGCGGCAGUGAGGCGGUGUUCAGCAGCCCCAGUCCUCGGAGCAGCAGUGGCGCCGGCGGCAGCAGCAGCAUCAGGAGCUUGGGGCUGGGAGGCAGCAUCAGUCGGAGGAGCACCAUCAAAGAGAACUCAGUGGAGAUGCACGAGGAAGAGCCUCGCUCCCCAUCUCCUCCUGCCUGCACCCCACCUCUGGAGGCCCACGAGGAGGCCUACACCUGCUCUGCCGACGAGUAGCUGGACCAGACUCUUUACUAUGACGGGAUUUCAAGUGAAGUGAGCUGUUCCAAAAAUGUCUUUACACUUUAUGUUUGAAAAUUUCCCCUUUUAAUAAUAAUGCUCCAAAACCACAGGACAGUCCUGGAUAUUUUAACAAUUACAUAAUUACAAGCUAUUUGAGGGGAAUGUAGGUGGGGGAAAAUAAUUAUUCCCCAAAAAAACAGCACCAAGAAAGUGUAGGCUACAAGUUACUGUGUCAAAAACACACAAAAAUCAACACUCUCCCUACCACACUAAUACCAAUGUCAUUCUCAUAAUAGUGUUCUAUUUAUUCUCUAAAUUAUUUUUGAACAUUUUAAGACAUAUGAUCUGUAAACUUUGUAUUUUUCAAGGAAAAAUGUCAAACCUCUGCUUGUUCCAACCUUUCAGAUGUGAGAAUUUGCUGCUUUUGAAUUGUUGAUGGCAUAAAGAACAUUAUGUUGGCCCUACUUACUGACAUUUUAUAUAAACAACUCACUUAUAAUUUAAUCAGGAAAAUAUUCAACAAGAUUUAUGAGAAAAAUAUUCAUUUGUUUAAAUCAUUUUACGUCACUUGUAAUUCACUUAUAGCUCUAUGAAAUCUUUUUUUUUGGUCCUGCCUCGUGACUCUUUCUGCCCUAAAUAUGCACAUUCUUCUCAAAUCAUUGUUUUUUCAUUUUAAAUAACUUUUGAUGCGCUAUUUGUUCACCAGUUAGGAAUUUUCCACCUUUCCAUCUGAGAAAUUAGUUUUUUUUUUUGUGAAAUUGCUCCAAAAACUACAGAAUUCCUACAUAAACUAAAGUAAAGCUGCUGGAUUUAUCUAAAAUCUAAAAGCAAGUUGAUCUUAAUUUCUGCCUUUGUGUAUAAUUUCUACAUUUCUUUUCAAUUUCAUGCCAACCGAAGUUUCAAAAUGCUUCAACAGACAGUACUGUCUACAUUAUUCCAGAGUUACAGUGGAUACAUUUAGUCACUAUUUAUAUUAUUAGCAGCUUCAAUCCAAAAGUACCACCACCCUUCAGAAGUAGUGUAUUCUCGUAGUUUAAUCGUAGCAACUGGACUUGCUUGAGUUCCUUGAAGACGUUUCACCUCUCAUCCAAGAGGCUUCAUCAGGUGUGACUGACUAGUUGGGAGUUCCAGAUACUUAUAUUCUUUCGGAGGCAUUAACACUUGAAGAGAACACUUAGAGACUCAAGCAAGUCCAGUUGCUACGAUAAAACUGUGAGAAUAACCAUGACUUGGAUGGCUGAGAAUCUUCUCAGACACUUUACCCACCUAUGUUUAUAUCCCCUCACAACUAAAGCUAAACAUAGCACAACUUCGGAGCCCCUCAAGUUUGGCAAAUUCACAUCCCCCCCAGACAACUUAACACCCAUUCACACCUCAAGACAGACGACUCUAACAUCUCCCCUCCAGUCAGAACUGAAGAAGCCUUUAAGAUAAGAAAUGCGUUCAUCAACCAAACGCAUAGCCCUUUAUUUAGUACUUAAACAUGAACCAUCUGUAUUUAUCUUCAAGAUUAAACAGUAAGAAAUUGUUAGAAACUAAAAUUAAGCUCUCAAGACCCAUACAAGUCUGCCAUUCAGUGUAAACGCUGCAAUUAAUUGAAAGUUAAAAGCAUUUUGAAUUACUGGAGGUUCUCACAACAGCUGAAAGAGCUGCUGACACAUCACACAAGUUCACCCAAACCUCCCAUCAUGGGAGGUUUGAUUUCCUUUGUUUGGAUGUAACAACAGACAGUUGUUGUUUAACCGGCUGAUUCCAAUUGGUUUAGCUUUAAUUAGUAAAAUGACCUCUUUAUUCAAUAAAAUAAUUAGGAAUUGAGCACAAAGGAAGUAUGAAUGCUGUAGAUGUUAACUGUCUGGAAUCAAAUUAUCAAUUUGUCAUUUUGUUAGGAGAGAUGAAGCCAAUAAAAAUAUUUUCAGUGUUUGUGGACUAAUAUAACUUAAUUUAUGUGAAAUAAUAUAUUUAUAUUUACUUCAUAUUCCAGGUAGUUUAAAUAAUUCCCAUAUAUACAGUCAGUUUGUGCCUUUUAGACAUCAUCAUUAUGUCAGACACAGAGCUUACAGAGUUUAGGGUUGUAUAUCUUAGAAAUCGUUGUUCUAAAGUAAAUCUACUAUAAUCUAAAUAAACAUUCUAAACAGCUGCAGGAAAUAUAUUCUCUGCUGCAUAAUAUAAAGAACAUUUAACCUUUUUUUUUUUUUUAGGUUGAAACUGUGUGUCCUAAUCUAAAUGGCCACAAGUGACAGAUCUCCUUAGAUGUUUUGUGCAACAAGAAAAAUAUUAAGAUGAAUGUAUGACGAUAUGAAAUAGGCAAAGAAACAUCAAUACAACAAUUUAAAUGAUGAUGACAUUUUUAAAUUUAGGUUUUUGUAUGUUCAAAUUCAGCAGGGAAAUGUGUCACUUGUGGCCGCAAUCUUUGGAUUACAAAAUAAAGCUGCAAAAUUUUUGGAAAGCGUCUUUGAGUAUCUUAAGAAGCGCUAUAUAAGUAUUAUGUAUUAUUAUUAUUAUCAACAUUAAAAUGUGAAUUAUUUCAAUCCAGAGUGUUUUUUUCAUCUAGAUGAUUAGAAAAGUACGAGGAUAAUUAAGUCUGUGUUUAAGAGCAUCCUGUUUUGUUUUUGUUUUUCUGAACAAUUACUAGGUUUUUCAGAAAAUUAUACUCAGUUCUCUGUGAUCAGAGCCUACUGGUGAUAAAUAAAAGGCACAAACUGGGACUAGUUCUUUAUGCACUUCAUUGGAGGGUUUGCAGAAUAUGUUAAGAGAAUCUGUUUGCUUUGAAACUGAAUGUAAAAUUCUAUUUGUAGCCCAGGUGUUUUAUAUACAUUCUUGAGAUUGUGUGAUUUUAAACCUCACAGAUACACAAUAUAUACUUAUAAUAAAAGUGACGUGUACUACGACUGCUGUGGCGCAGGACUGUCUGCUUUGUGAACCAAAGAAGUGCUAUUAAAUUGCUACCAAACCAUUA